UUGGCUUCUGGCAGAUUUUAAAAUUUUGGGAUAUUCGAGUUUUGAUUUUUGUUAACCCGGCGCAAGCUAAGAAAAGAUUCCGUUCAGGAGCAUACGCCGGAAAACAAACCUCAUUCCUUCCUAUGUAGACAUAUAAAUUUUAUAUACUAUGAGUAAGGAUAGAUGAGCUAAAAGAUCAUUUUUUUAUCGUAUACAUUUUUUCAAUCAAUCAAUCAAUGAGUUACCAAGCAUGCUGUUCGAACUCUAAUAUAUUUUGAAGGAAUAGAAAAGGAAUCAUGUUUGUAGUUGCUAGAAACAUUUUGGAAUCCUUUUAGGAAAUAUGGAAACAGAAAAAAUAAAAAUUCCAGAUAAUUUGGAAAAUUUAUCAAAGGAAGAAUUGAUAUCCAUUAUUAAAAGUUUAAAAGGACAAGAUGUAAAAAAAUGCAAUAAAGCUGUGAAAAAGGAAGGAAAAGACGCUUUUGAUUUUAGCAGGUAUAAGAAACGUCAUGUGGCUCUUAAAUUCUUAUAUCUUGGAUGGGAUUAUUGUGGAUUUGCUGUUCAAACACAUACAGAAAAAACUAUAGAAGAACAGCUUUUUAAUGCUCUAAUGAAAACAAAACUUUUAGAAUCAAGAGAAACUUCUAAUUAUCAUCGUUGUGGACGUACAGAUAAAGGUGUGUCUGCAUUUUCUCAGGUUAUUUCACUUGAUCUUCGAAGUAACUUGCUUCAUGGCAAAGGUAUUAUUACAUCUGAUGACUUUAAAGAAGAAAGACAUAAAGUUUCUGACAAAGAAAUUGAUUAUCCAUCAAUUUUAAAUCGUGUUCUACCUGAUGAUAUCAAAAUCAUUGCAUGGGCUCCAGUUGAAACUUCUUUUAGUGCUAGGUUUGAUUGCAAGAGACGAACAUAUAAGUAUUGGUUUCCUAUGGGUAAUCUAGAUAUUGAAAGGAUGCAAGAAGGGGCUUUAAAGCUAGUUGGAGAGCAUGAUUACAGAAAUAUAUGUAAAAUGGAUGUUGGAAAUGGAGUUGUGAAUUAUAAGAGGAAAAUUUUUAGUGUCGAUAUCAAAGAGUUAACAACCAGUGACAGCAGGCCUUAUCAAUUAGCGGAGCUUACAGUUGUUGGCCAGGCUUUUCUAUGGCAUCAAAUUCGUUGUAUAGUAUCAUUACUUUUUUUCAUUGGUCAAGGAAAAGAAGAAUGCAGUGUUAUAGAUCAGUUACUGGAUAUUAAGAACUGUCCUCGUAAACCGCAAUAUGAUAUUGCUUCAGAAAUUCCAUUAGUGUUAUUUGACUGUUCAUAUGAUGAUGUGGAUUGGAUCUAUAAUGAAGAAUCUUUGAAAUUUGUUAUUAAAGAGCUUCAAAAUAUGUGGACACAUCAUGCUGUAAAAACUACUAUCAUUAGAAGUAUGUUAAGUGAAUUGGAAAGACUUGGAUCUGCUGAUAAUACCAUUCUAAAUCAAGCAGAAUGUCUUAUUCCUGGAGUUAGAUCUCGUGUUUAUAAAAGAUUACUAGACCGACCUUGUUGUGAAAGCUUGGAAGAAAAAAUUGAACAUUAUAGUAAAAGACAAAAAAGGAAUCCCAAACCUCAUGAUGUGAAGAUUUGAUUGAAAACUGUAUCACAACUUUGAGAUUUUUUUAUUAAAAAAUACUGGAAGAAGUAACAUAGCAUUUCUGAAUAAAAUAUAUUAAGUUUGGUUAAA